GAGCCGCCGCGCCGAGACCCGCCGCCGCCGCCGAAGUUGUAUGAAAAAUACGGCAUCACCAUGAGCGGAGUAUUGAAAAGGAAGUACGAAGAGCUGGGGGAUGACAGUACCUACUGCUCCUCCUCCUCCUGCUCCCCCCUCUCCUCCUCGGCGUCCUCAGGCUGGGAGUCGGACGAGGAGAGCUCCGGCGGAGAGCCGAAGCCCAGCUCUGCCUUAACGCCCAGCUUCACCCCCACGUCCAUCCUGAAGAAAUCUAAGCGACUAAAGAAGAACAAUGUGGAGUUUGACCGGGUCACUGUGUUUUACUUCCCACGCUGCCAGGGGUUCACGAGUGUGCCUAGUCGUGGGGGCUGUACCCUGGGCAUGGUGAGCAAACACAGCUCCUCCCGGCAGUUCACGCUGGCGGAGUUUUCAAAGGAGCAGGAAAACAUUCGUCGGGAGAAACUCGAAGAGAAAUUAAAAGAGGAGAAGUUGGAAGCAUUGAAAUGGAAACUAACCAUGAACGGCACUAAGGAGUCAGAGGAGGCCAACCAGCUCACCAUCGAAGACAUCUCCGACGACGACAUCGACGUCAGCAACGUGGACCUGGAGGAUGGCUUCUUCCUCCAGCCCUACCCUGCCAAGAAGAGACGCGCUCUGCUGAAAGCCGUGGGGGUGAAGAAGAUCGACAAGGAGGAGAAGCGGGAGCUGCACAACAUCCGCCUGUCCCGGGAGGACUGCGGCUGCGACUGCCGGGAGGUCUGUGACCCGGAGACCUGCAGCUGCAGCUUGGCAGGCAUUAAAUGUCAGAUGGAUCACACCUCCUUCCCCUGCGGCUGCACCAAGGAUGGCUGCGGCAACACCGAGGGCAGGAUCGAGUUCAACCAGGCCCGCGUGCAGACCCACUUCAUCCACACCAUCAUGAAACUGGAGCUGGAGAAGCAGCAGCAGAGCAGCGAGAAGGUGGCAGAGGCCGAGCCCCCUUUUCGGGAGCGGCUCCCGCCAUUGGGAUGUACGGCGGGGAAGGGCUCCUUGGAGGAACGUGCGGUGCCCCUGGCACCCGCCUUCCAGUUCAGCCCCGACCUGGAGGCCCUGGGGGAAAACAGCUGCAGCAGCGACAUGACGGACUCCUCCAUCUCCUCCCACCCCAGCGAGGAUCUCGAGGAGCCCUACGAGAGCCUCCCCUCUGACAAAUCCCAGUCGGAUGUGGACGACGACGGCUUGGCACGCAUCCUCCACUUCAAUGACUCGGAUGCCGAAGAAGAGGGUGGCCAUGGCCAGGAUGACCUGAGUUGCUUCCACCCAGCCGACUUCUUCAUCGAGGACCACAGCGGUGAGGCCAAGCCUGUCCCCGGCCACUUGUCCCACCUCUCCGAGUGCCUGGACGAGAAUGCCAACCAGGACAGUGGGGGUUUGCUGGAGGAUGCUGCCCACGCGCGGUGUGAUGGGCUGUCCUGCUGCGCCUCAUCCCCGGCCGAGCCCUGCUCCAAGAGCUACGCUGACCUCAGCCUUUCCUCUGACUCCUUGGAUUUCUUCCAGUCCUUCUCGGACUAUAACUUGGGACCCCUUUACAACUCCUUAAAGGAGUACGAGAACCUUGAUAACUUCUCAGCGUUACAGUUUCAGUUGCCUAAUUUCCCCGGCUUCCCGCAAGCCGGAGAUCAGGGCUCCUGUUUCUUGGAGUCCCUCAUCGGUUUGUCCGAAUCCGUCCCCGAAACCCCGGCCCCUUUCACAGACAAUCAACUUUUGGAAGAUGCCAUCAAGUCAUCACUGAUGGAGACGGUGAAAGUGUGAAACGCCCGUGUGGCUCAGGCGGUGAGGACCGGUGCCGAAAGGAAAACCGAAGAACAGUGAGAUGGGCAAACUUUCACCGAAAGGAUGAUGCGCUACUCAAAAAUAAGGAGGAAAAAACAAAAAAGACUUUCUAAGCAAACAAACUAUUUUUGGUCUUUAUAGAACGUGGACGUUUUGACAUACUGCAGCUACAAUCAGUUCUCUCGCUGUUUGUGCAAAAAUUUCUAAACUUUCAUGAU